AUGGCGGACCCAGAGGUGCUGGGCUUCGAGCACAUGGGUCUGGACCCCCGGCUCCUGCAGGCCGUGGCCGACCUGGGCUGGUCGCGCCCCACGCUGAUCCAGGAGAAGGCCAUCCCGCUGGCCCUGGAGGGGAAGGACCUCCUGGCUCGGGCGCGCACGGGCUCGGGGAAGACGGCCGCUUACGCCAUUCCGAUGUUGCAGCUGCUGCUCCACAGGAAGGCGGUGGGUCGGGGCGGGAGCCCGGAGGUCAUGAGGAGGAGCAGGCAGGGGUGAGGCCCCAGCUGCGCUCUUCUCCCCCAUACUGAGGUGUUGCCUGCCUGCAGAGCUGUGCUGAUGGAGAAGCCCGAUAUAGUAGUGGGGACCCCGUCUCGAAUCUUAAACCACUUGCAGCAAGACAGCUUGACCCUGCGAGACUCCCUGGAGCUGCUGGUGGUGGACGAGGCUGACCUUCUUUUCUCCUUUGGUUUUGAGGAGGAACUCAAGAGUCUGCUCUGUCACUUGCCCCGGAUUUAUCAGGCUUUUCUGAUGUCAGCUACUUUCAACGAGGACGUGCAGGCCCUCAAGGAGCUGGUAUUGCAUAACCCGGUUACUCUCAAGCUGCAGGAAUCCCAGCUGCCAGGGCCAGACCAGUUAAAGCAGUUUCAGGUGGUCUGUGAGACCGAGGAGGACAAGUUCCUGCUGCUGUACGCCCUGCUCAAGCUCUCGCUGAUCCCGGGCAAGUCCCUGCUGUUUGUCAACACGCUGGAGAGGAGUUACAGGCUGCGCCUGUUCCUGGAGCAGUUUGGCAUCCCCGCCUGCGUGCUCAACGGGGAGCUGAGCAAAGUCUUUGUCCCUCCUGCUCUGCGUGGUCUCGUCCGCCCUCCCAAGAAGCGGAAGAAGCUGGCCUCUAAGAAGGCCAAGGUCAAGAAGGCACGGACCCGGAACCCACUGCGCAGCUUCAGGCACAGAGAGGAGAGACGUAGGCCCACCGCUGUGCCUCCCUGA